AUGCAACCUGCCUACAUAAUAUUCCUACUCUGGGAUCUAGACAGUCGGGCCUAUAGCUACACCGUGGAGGUGUCACUGGAUCGUCAAGUCUGGCGCAUGGUGUUCGACGCCAGUCAGAUGCACUGUCGCUCCUGGCAGACCAUCAAGUUUCCGCUGCAACCGGUCACCUUUAUUCGCGUUACUGGCACUGGAAACACCGCCAACAACUCUCGCCUAUGUCGUCGGUCGCGCAGGGGGCAACUAAGUCCGCCCCCUCCGUCGAUCCGUCUAACAGUUGCCGUGCCCCCCAGAGAGACUACACCCGGUGACGUCGUUUGGGCGUUGCCACCCCAGUUUUACCUCCCUCUUUCUCUCUGCUGGUGGUCCUUUUCAGGCCUGCUCCGAAAGUACGGUUUCUGUUUUGGCAGACAGCGUUUUUGUGAGUGCCAGGGUGGCCAUUGUUUGGACCUUGUCCUUUGUAAAACCUCCGAAGGCGUUGAGGGAGUAAAGGGGAGACAAAACCUCCACAUUCAUUCAUCUUUUUACUCUGCCUGGUGUUUCAGAAGCAGAAUAAUGCCUCCCUGA